AUGAUAGGCAAUUCUAGCGAUGUUCCCGAGAAAGACUCGGAUAAAGUUCCCAAGAAAGACUCAGAUAAAGUUCCUGAGAAAGACUCAGAUAAAGUUCCUGAGAAAGACUCAGAUAAAGUUCCCGAGAAAGACUCAGAUAAAGUUCCUGAGAAAGACUCGGAUAAAGUUGAUGAAAGUCCAGCAAAGGACCCCAGUAAGACUCCUCCAACUGAGGUACCAUCAAAGGAUACCACUAAUGAUGUACUGGUGAAGUCAACCAGAGGUGAAGAGGAGUCAUGUAUCAAUCCAACAAGGGACCUUUCAUUGGGAAAUAGUGAUGAAAUAAAACAAAAGAACUCUGCUGAAGCAAGUGAAAAGGACACCAACAAAGACCGAGGGCUGCUGCAACCCUGUGACACCUUAGCAAAGGAUACCAAUGUAUCAGUUGUGAAGGACUCGGUGGAAGAAUCCAUUGAAAUUUUGGUCGAGACCUCUGGUGGAGUUUCAUCAAAGGACUCCAAUGAAUUUUCAGGGAAAGACUCCACUGAUGUUUCUUUGAAGAACUCCAGUGAAGUUUCAGGAAAGGCCUCUCACAAAAUUUCAGUAAAGGACUCCAGUGAAGUUUCAUUAAAGGACUCUCAAGAAGUUUCAGUAGACGACUCUAGUGAAAGUUCAGUGAAGGACUCUAGUGAAGUUUCAGAGAAGGUCUCUCAAAAAGUUUCAGUGAAGGACUCCAGUGAUUUUUCAUCAAAUGACUCUGGUAGAGCUUCAUCAAAGGACUCCAGUGAAGCUUCAUCAAAGGACUUCAGUGAAGCUUUAUCAAAGGACUCCAGUGAUGUUUCAUCAAAGGACUCUAGUAGAGCUUCAUCAAAGGACUCCAGUGAAGCUUCAGUAAAGGACUCCAGUGAUGUUUCAGCAAAUGACUCCAGUGAAGCUUCAUCAAAGGACUCCAGUGAUGUUUCAGCAAAGGACUCCAGUGAUGCUUCAUCAAAGGACUCUGGUAGAGCUUCAUCAAAGGACUCCAGUGAUGUUUCAGCAAAGGACUCCAGUGAAGCUUCAUCAAGGGACUCCAGUGAUGCUUCAUCAAAGGACUCUGGUAGAGCUUCGUCAAAGGACUCCAGUGAUGUUUCAGCAAAGGACUCCAGUGAUGCUUCAUCAAAGGACUCUGGUAGAGCUUCGUCAAAGGACUCCAGUGAUGUUUCAGCAAAGGUCUCCAGUGAAGCUUCAUCAAAGGACUCCAGUGAUGCUUCAUCAAAGGACUCCAGUGAUGCUUCAUCAAAGGACUCCAGUGAUGUUUCAGCAAAGGACUCUGGUAGAGCUUCAUCAAAGGACUCCAGUGAAGCUUCAUUAAAGGACUCCAGUGAUGUUUCAGCAAAGGACUCCAGUGAUGCUUCAUCAAAGGACUCCAGUGAUGCUUCAUCAAAGGACUCCAGUGAAGCUUCAUCAAAGGACUCCAGUGAAGCUUCAUCAAAGGACUCCAGUGAUGUUUCAGCAAAGGACUCCAGUGAAGCUUCAUCAAAGGACUCCAGUGAUGCUUCAUCAAAGGACUACAGUGAAGCUUCAUCAAAGGACUCCAGUGAUGCUUCAUCAAAGGACUCCAGUGAAGCUUCAUCAAAGAACUCUAGUGAUAUUUCGUCAAAGGACUCCAGUGAAGCUUCAUCAAAGAACUCUAGUGAUGCUUCAUCAAAGGACUCCAGUGAAGCUUCAUCAAAGAACUCUAGUGAUAUUUCGUCAAAGGACUCCAAUAAGGUUUCUGGAAAAGAUUCCACUGAAAUUUUGUCACGGGACAUAAGUGAAGUUUCAGUGAAGGACUCCAGUGAUGUUUCAUCAAAGGACUGCAAUAUUGUUUCAUCCAAGGACACCAUUGAAACUUCUAGAAAGGAGUCCACUGAAGUUUUAUCAAUGGACUCCAGUGAAGUUUCAGGAAAGAACACCUGUGAAGUUCCAGUAAAUAAAUCCAACAUAAUGUCAGCAGAUGAUUCUUUUAAAAAAUCAACUGAAAAUCCAGUGAAAGAUUCUACUUACAUUCCAUCAGAGGAAACCCAGGAAGUUCCAGUGACUGCCUCAGGUGAAGUUGCAGGAACAGACUCAAAGGAAGGCAUUUUACCAGAGGAGUCUGGAGAUAUCCUAAAAGAUACUAAUGACACUAAGAGUGACAUUCCAGCUGUAGACUCUAGUGAAGUUGUAUCACUGACACCCAGUGAGUUACCAUCAGCAGGCUUCAGUGAUGUUUCAUUAGAUAAUACCAAUAAGAUUCCAUCAGUAGAUUCCAGUGAAGUUCCACAGGGUGACAAUAAUAGGAAGAAAAAUGACAAGGAAAUCAAGAAUUCCAAUGAAGUACCAGCAGUGAAUUCUGGUGAAGUUCUUGCAAAGCACUCCAGACAGACCUCAGAGCAGGAUGGCAAUGAAGCCUCAGUGGAGAACUCGGAGGUAGUUGCUGAAGUUGCCAGUGUUUCUGAAGUUGCCAGUGUUUCUGAAGUUGCUAGAGUGGCUGGAGAAGGCCAUCUGAAUGAUUGCAGGGAAGCUACAUUGGAUUCUAGCACAACUUCACAACAGGAUGUAGUAGUGAAAGGUAGUAUUCAAGUGUCAGCAGACAGCCCACAGAAACCCCCAGAGACAGACAUGAGUAGUGUUUCUUUGCCAGGUGUCUCUGCACCAGUUCUGAAUGAAAGAGAUGAAAUUGCCCAUGUGACUUCCUUGUCAGUACCAGCCAUGAAAUCAGAAAAAGAGGGCUCAGAAAAGUCUAGUGAAGCUUCAGACAAAGAAAUUUCUUCUAAUAAAAGUCAAACUCAUGACAGUUCCUCUCUAACAUCUCUAGAGGAAUCAAGUAAGUUACCUAAAGAUUCCAGUAAAAUGUCUCCAUGCAAGGAUACAGGACGAGCAUCAUCAGAGAAUUCUGUUGAUAUGACCUCAGUGGAGUGUAGCAAAACAUCAUUGGAAAAAUCCAGUAAUAAUUCAGCCACUGAUUCCUCUAAGGAGUCUCCCCAGGUUUGUGAGAAGGACCCCAGUGAACCUGAAAAAGUAACUAAAGAUUCCAGUGAAAACUCUACUGAUAACUUGAAAGAAGUGCUGCCCAUAGAUUGCGAAUUUUCUUCAAAGAACGGUUCUCAAGAACUAACCAGAGACUGUUCUCAAGCACCAUCCAAGGUGGCAGCUGAAGAAUCCUGUCAGAUGAUAUCCAAAGACAGCUCCUUACCAUCAUCUAAGCCAUCUUGUGAAAUAACUAAUGACACCACUGAAGUACCAAGCAAGAUGUCCUCCACUCAAAAAGCAAAGGAGUCUGAAGUAUCAACAAAGGAAUUCACUCAGCCACCAACAAAAGAUUCCCCUGAAAUAUCAGCAGAGGAGUCUUCUGAAAUAUCAGCUAAGGAUUCUACUGAAGCACCAACUAUGGAGUCCCAGAAAUCAGCAAAGAACUUGGCUGAAGUAACAACUACAGUCUCUCAUAUAUCCACAAAGGAAACUGCUGAAGUGGCAGUGAAGAAGCCUCAAGUAUCAGCAGAGGACUCUCUUGAAGAACCAACUAAGGAAACUCAAAUAACAAAUAAAGACUCCAAUCUAAUACCAUCUAUCGAUUCUCCUCAGGAAUUAGCAAAAGUGUCUCCUCAAAUACCAAAAGAGUCCACUCAGUUACCAGCAGAGGAGUCGACAGUAUCAGCAACAGACUCCACUCAAGUACCAACUAAGGACUCUUCUCAGUUAUCAAAAGAGGAAACAUUACACACGUCACCCAAGAAAUCUCAAAGUGAAGGAGAAAGUCUAGUUUCAGUUUGUACAUCAGAAGAUUUGGAUAGUCAGUUGGUUAAAGAUGACACUCAGAAGAAUGUGAAUAAUGAAGAUACUUGUAACUUGCCUAAAGAUACUACAAUACCAUCCACUGAGAGCAAUUCACAAGAUGUUUCUGAGUUAGAUGAAUUAAGAUCGGUUAGCAAAGAUAGAGAAGAAAGUGAAGAUCCAAAAUCUUUAUCACUGAGAGUGUCAAUUUCAAGAUCAUUUGUUAAGAUUCCUGAUCCUGAUGAGCAGAAUGUGGAAGAAGAUUUGACUGGUAGUAAUAUUGAUAGUAGAUCCCCAGCUGAUGUGUCCAGUUGCCCCAAUGCUAGUAUAUCACCCUCUGAUAUCAGUUCAGCAGAAAGUAACCAGAAAUUAUUAGAGGAUGAUCAAAUUGACAACAAAAUCAAAUCCACAAAGACAGUAGGUGAGACCACAAAGAAAGAUUCAGAACUGUCAUGUCAAGGAAUUAAUGAAACCUCACCAGAAAAGGGGAAGAGUAAAGAAGUGCAGGAAAAUAUAGAAGCUAAGAAGUUGACAGCAGCUGUUGCUAAAAAUUCCACCAAUAGUACCUCUGCUUCCAGAAAUGUCACCCCAGAAGCAGACCUAAAACAUUCAAAGUCUUCCAGCAGAGAAUCAUCAGGGACCAAGAAAUCAAAAUCACACGAGUCCAGCAGGAAGAAAAAGGAAGCCUCUCAUAGAAGUACUACUACAAGCAGUCAUGGAAAUAAAAGUAGAAGUAGGGGAAGUAAAAGUGCGACCAGAGGAAAAGACUCAAGAAAAGAAAAAGUUAAGGCAGAUAUUCCAGCUAAAGAUAGCUUAUCUGAGAAGCACAAAGAUGAUAAUAACACAAAAAGUAAGACCUCUUCAAGAAGUGAUUCACAAACACCUGGAGAAACACAUUCUGAAACAUCUUUAGACAUGAGCAAGGCAUGCAGUGAUGAUGCUCAACAGGUCAAGGAACAAGAACCUAAACUGCCUAAGAAACACAAGAGUGAUGUUAAAAACAAUGAAAGAAAAUCGGAGGCAAGUCAAAAAAGAGAUAGCAAUAAUGGAAAAGAUGGAAUGGAAAAGGAUGCAAAAAUGAAUAGCAAGAGUUUAACCAACAAAGCUUUGCCAAGUUCUUUAUUGGGGGAAAAGUCAUGCACAGAUCAGAGUAUGGAUGGUGCUGUAGAGAGUAUAUUGACAUCGUUAAAGAAAGAACCUGAAGACUCCAUUCACACUUCAGAAGAUUCAGCAAGUGGUCCAACAUAUCAACAACUUGACUUACUAGCUUGUCAGUUGGAAAGUAAAAGUAAUAAUUCUAAGAAAGACUUACCGUCUAGUGGGAACACUGACAAAGAUACUAGCAAUAAUACAGUAACUGCCCAGCAACAAGAUGAGGCUACAUGCUCGGGAACAGAUUCACCAAAGGCAGGGGAAACAAGUCCUAAGGCAGAAAGCCAUCUGAAAAAUCGACUCCACCAAGGGAAAAAUACAAAUCGGUCUCUUUUGAUGAUCAAGUAG